AUGAGCUUCAAUGACCGGAGAAGACUUCAUAUGUCGGAAGAAGAGAAAGAGUGGCCUCGCGAUAAGCUGAAAAAGAUAGCUAUACGAAAAACAGUGCAAGAAAUGAAGAAAUGUAAAAGACCACUAGGAGUCCUAUUCUCCAUAUCCACGAUCACAUUGGCUGCGUCUGUGUCGGCACUCAACACUUUUGUAGAUGAUACAGCAUUGAUUCGCCAUAAAAGACAAACGUACUACCUGUGUGGAAUUUAUCCAAACCAGUACUACUCAAGUAGACCUUGCCAAACUCAACCAACUUGUCCAAAUGGUGGUCGAUAUUUGAAUGUAGGAUGCACGUACUCUGCACAAUGUACUCCGUUUUAUAGUGGUGUAUCUUCAUGUAUAAAUGGAUGUUGCUGUACGGUUCCUUCAACACCUGCACCUACGAAUCGUUUCGGUUUUUGUCCAUCUGGACAGCUCUCAGAAGUUCGAUGCAGCAACCGUGGUCAGUGCCAAGCCGGUCAAACAUGUAUGACUGGAUUGUGCUGUACAACAACCGGAAAUGAAUGGAAUGAGGCAUGUGGUGGUCUGGCAGCACUUGCGUCAUGCACGAAUGGAAUGUGCUCGGCUGGCGUCUGCACAGCGUCGAACUACUGUUGUGAAUGUCCCGUUGGCAGAAGCGCAGGACGAUGCAACGCUGGAAUUUGUCCAGGUGGAUUCACGUGUACGAAUGGAUUCUGCUGUCCACAAUGUCCGAACAAUGUGAUGCCGUUCGGUGCUUGCCGAAAUGGUGUUUGUGGUGGUGGAAAGACCUGUUCAGCAGGAAAUAUUUGCUGCUAA